AUGACGGAAACCUCUCAAUUCUCUCUCUUCAAGGAUUGCCUGGCUUCUCAGCUUCUCUCAAAGCCUGACUUCUCCAACGCUGCCGACGACUCGGAACUGGACGAGUUCGCGUCCUAUCUCGCCGAAGAAGCCUGGCCUAUCCUUCCACAAUCAUAUCAAGAGGCAACAUACGAGGCACGAGAUUCCAUAUUACCUAGCAUUGACUCGAUAUCACUGGACAACGUCUCCCCCUCCUUCGUCGAUACCUUCAUCUCCUAUGGACUCGCUCCUAAUGCCGAUCACGACGAUGCCGUCAAGUUCUUGUACAAGGUUAUCGGGGAGUACGUCGAGCAGGCUUGCGCGCCUCCGCCCGUGUGGAAGGCUACGCGAGCCACCGAAUGCGAGAUCUGCGAGCGCGAGGUGGCGUUGAGCUAUCACCACCUGAUACCGCGCUCUACGCACGCCAAGGUGUUGAGGAGGGGCUGGCAUCCAGAGUCGAUGCUCAAUAAAGUGGCUUGGUUGUGUCGUGCUUGUCAUUCUGCGGUUCACCGAGUGGCAACAAACGAAGAGCUGGCUCAGCACUAUCAUACAGUCGAGUUAUUACUCGUACGUGAAGACAUUCAACGAUGGCGUGCCUAUGCGGCAAAGCAGAAGUGGAGACCCAGGCCUAAACGCCAUUAG